CUUGGCCUAGGUCGAUCCCUCUCCAGCCCCUUCCCCUUCUCUGCCCCAAACCCCAACCUCCAUCUGUGAGGCUUACAACUUCCAGAAGUCCCUCAAACCUUCCAGCCUGAUGUCUCGCAAGUCAUGGGCCAGUGGUGACUCCGCUCCCCUGAUGUCCCAUGGGGAUUUGGAGAACCCGAAGAUCAUUGGCAAAGGCGGGUUCGGCGUGGUGUUCCGAGCGCAUCAUGCGAAGUGGAAAAUCGAUGUGGCAGUCAAGAUCGUGAACUCGGAGGAGAUAUCCAAAGAGGUGAAGGCCAUGGCAAGUCUGCGUAACGAGUACGUGCUGCUCCUCCUGGGGGUCAUCAAGAACCUAGAGUGGGACUACGUGUCGGGUCCGGGUCUGGUGACUCGAUUCAUGGAGAACGGCUCCCUGGCGGGGCUGCUACAACCCCAGUGCCCUCGAGCCUGGCCGCUCCUCUACCGCCUUCUGCGGGAAGUGGUGCUUGGGAUGUGUUACCUGCACAGCCUUACCCCGCCGCUCCUGCACCGAGACCUCAAGCCCUCCAACGUCCUGCUGGACCCAGAGCUGCACGCCAAGCUGGCAGAUUUUGGCCUAUCUACAUUUCAGGGAAAUUCACAGUCAGGGACAGGGUCUGGGGAGCCAGGGGGCACUCUGGCCUACUUGGCCCCAGAACUGUUUGCUAGUGUAAACCAGAAGACCUCUACGGCCAGUGAUGUCUACAGCUUCGGGAUCCUAACGUGGGCAGUGCUAGCCGGAAGAGAAGCUAAGUUGCCAAACCAGACACUAUCAGUGUAUGUAGUACUGGGUGAGAUGCAGCAACGGCCUUCCUUGGAUGAGCUGCCCCAAUCUGGGCCUGAAAUGCCUGGCUUGGAAGGACUGAAGGAGUUAAUGCAGCAAUGCUGGAGCAGUAAGCCUGAGGACAGGCCGCCCUUCAAGGAUUGCCAACCAAUAACCGAUGGAGCCUUCCUUCAAUUGGAGGGGAAGAUAGAUGCUGCAGUCACCAUGGUAAGGAAGUUUCUGUCUGAGCACAGGAGCAGCAACAGAUUGUCUGCUCCAGAGUCAAGCCAAGGAGGAACAGAAAUGGACGGCUUUCGGGGAAACACAGAAACCCCGAGCUCUAGUGACAGUUCUGUGGUUUCUAAACUGAAGAACCUGAGUCUGGAGGAGACCUCCAGCUCUGUUCCUAAAAAGUGCACAAGACUUACUGACAGAAGCAGGGCACAGGCGGAACAGGCUCAGCAUGCUGGCAUGGCAAGAACAUCUUCAGAUUCAAUGGCCCAACCUCCUCAAACUCCAAGGACUGCACCUUUCAGAAAUCAGAUGCCCAGCCCCCCGUUGGCUGGGGCCCUAGGUCCUGGACCCCAAAGGAAUCAGGGAGCUGAGAGAGAUGACAUGAACUGGUCCUCCAAUGCCUGGACCCCAAAUCCAAUAGCAGGGCCACUAUCUGUUAACAUAUUCAACAGUUCCGGGGUUCAAAUUGGAAAAGACAACUACUUGACUAUGUUACAGAGACCUAUCUCGUCCACCCAGCACCAAGCACCUUUGGAUGUGGGUAUGGGCUGGCAGCACCCCCCACCAGGAGCUUCAGAAGAGGCCCCCCCAAACUCUGAAGCCUAGAGAGGGCCACAAGGCCAGUGUGAUAAUAGUGGGAAUUAAAGCACUUUCGAAGCUGCUUCCAGGGGUAAAUGAAGAGCACCACGCCUGUGGCCCUCAACUUCCUUCAAGGGCAGUCCUGUCUGCACCCAAACUGACUGUAUCUGCCUACCCCAAAUCAAUAAAUGUGAUGAAAUGUUA